AGGUGGAGCAGAGGUGGCCUCGGAGCAAUGCCCACCCCCGCUUCUGGGAUAAAUAGAGCGGUUUGGAUGGCAUCCGCGACGGGCAUUUCGCUUUCCCCAUGGCAGGCUGAGCAGAGCAAGGGGGAAAGGGGGACCAAGAGUGAAUGAAGCCCCCUUUCACAGCAAGCCAGCGCCUCCCUCUCCUGUCUGACCCGGGAAAAGAAGCGCACCGACGUUUGGCUCUGCUGGAGUCGUCAGGAUUGAAGCCCGCUCGCCCCCUCGGGGUUCUUUAAAGCCAGGAGCUGAGCUCGGGGUGACUCUCUCUUUCUCUCGCUCUCCCUCCGUCCAGCCUCUGUGGAGUCAUUCCUCCUCCGCUGCCUGCGCCCAUGGACGUGCUAGGCCACAUGGAGAUCACCGACGGCUCGCUCUGCUCCUUCUCGGCCGCCGAUGACUUCUACGACGACCCCUGCUUCAACACGUCGGACAUGCACUUCUUCGAGGACCUGGACCCCCGGCUGGUGCACGUGGGGGGCCUGCUGAAGGCCGACGAGCACGGCCACCACCACGGCCACGAGGACGAGCACAUCCGCGCGCCCAGCGGGCACCACCAGGCGGGCCGCUGCCUGCUGUGGGCGUGCAAGGCGUGCAAGAGGAAGACCACCAACGCCGACCGCCGCAAGGCGGCCACCAUGCGCGAGAGGAGGCGGCUCAGCAAGGUCAACGAGGCCUUCGAGACGCUCAAGCGCUGCACGUCCACCAACCCCAACCAGCGCCUGCCCAAAGUGGAGAUCCUGCGCAACGCCAUCCGCUACAUCGAGAGCCUCCAGGCGCUGCUGCGCGAGCAAGAGGACGCCUACUACCCGGUGCUGGAGCACUAUAGCGGCGACUCGGACGCCUCCAGCCCCCGAUCCAACUGCUCCGACGGCAUGGUGAGUUUCAGGUUUCCGCGCAAACGCAGGCCUUGUUCUUGACUUGGCUCCCAUGCCUAUGAGAAGCAGGCAGCCCACAGGGGCGAUUUCUAUCUUUAUGGUAGCAAAGCGGGUAUCUCUUAAAAGCCUGUUGGUCAUGUAAGUGUUAAAGGUGCAGGAGCUGUGCCCGAAAUAGAACGGCAGUUCUAACACUUAGAUUUCUUUCUGUGCCAUGAUCUAGGGAGGGAACGGAGCCCAAAGAAGCUUUCUCCUUUGUCUUCAGCCAAACUAAGACCAAGAAUCUUCAGUGUCAUGACAAAGCCCCGCGACAUGCCAGGUCACUACACACCCUGAGCAUGUAAUGAGUUCUUUUCUGCCACCUCUGAGUAAUCACAGUCCCUCAUUGGAAUAUAGACCAGGAGAACUGGGGGCAUCAUUUCCUAGAAGGCUUAAGCUCCCCGCAUCUCUUUUCAAAUAAAUGAAGACUUCACCUCUAUGUGUACCAUCUUCUGGGAGCAAGCACCCUUGAGAUCAGUGGGUUAAAACACUGAGCAUCCACUAGAAGCAGAGAGAAAACUUGUUUUCUGUACUCUGAUUCCCCUGGGAGAAAGGACCAUCCUCUUUUAAUCUUUGUGUCUUAAGAGUACAGGGAUUUUUUUGUUGUGUUUUUUUUUGGGGGGGGGGGUUGUUACCCAGGAGCAGUCCUGUUUCUCCAGAGAACAGAACAUCCUCUGGGUAACAUCUUUGUCCAGAUAUUAGCCUUCUGCUGUGCCCUGGUCCCAUUGGGAGGUUUCCUUGGCUGGCUGAGCCCUCCAAAAGGGGGCUCCUCUUUGGCACAGUGUAGGAGAUUUCUUCUCUUUCUCUUGGGGAUCGUGGUGACAUGGCUCCUCCAGCAUACUCUCAGGGAAUCUGGGAUACAAGGGGGAAACUUCUCUCUCUUCUGGUACUAUUAGAGUAGAUAGACCUGGGUGAUCAGAGGAGGGAAAGCAAUUUCUUUCUCAGGCCAUAAUGAACUAGUUAGGCUGCAAGCAUAAACCCAAAGGAAUUCUGCGUAAUUCAAUUCUCAGCGAAUAAGCACUGGAUUGGGACACCUAAACCACCACUUUUAUUCAUUUAGUCAUGAAUUCUAUGAACAUAGGCUCCCACUGGGACAUACAAUUCAAUGAAUAAAAUAAUACAAUAAAAAGCAAUCGGCAACAUAAAACACUGCGGCCCCCAUGCAGUUUACUGAUCAAACUGUAAACCAAUGAACAAUGAAAUGAAAUAUUGCUCUGUCUUUUUGCUGCUACAGAAUGACAUGAGUACUUUUCUGAAGUUCAUGUCCCCUUGUCCUCCCAGGGCAUAGUGCUCUUGCAAGGAGUACUGUAAUGACUUUAUGCUUGGAGAAAGAAACAAUAGCCUUCUUGCCUGGUUCUGCUGUGAUUUCUUGACACUUGGGAAAGAGAUACUUAUUCACUUCUAUGUAAUAAAGUUGGGUUUUUGAGACAGUGGCUGGCAGCGUAUAUCAAGCUCUGAUCUCAUGCGACCCUGCAGGAAAGGGGCAGUUGAAAGCAGAUGCUUCUAUAACCAUGGAGUACAACCAUCUUUAGAGGGCAGCCACUAAAACGUUUUAGUACACAACCAGUGUUAUUUACUAUGCAAACCUAUAUAUGAGUUCAGUGGAACUUGCACCUGCUAAUCCAGGACUUAUUUUAUUUCUGAGCAGAUAUGUGCAAGACUGCAGUUUGUUUGGGGCUAUAAUGGGACGGAUAGGACUGUGGCAAGAUAUUCAGCGACUGGCUAUAGCUAGCGGUGAUGUACAAAGCAGUGAUGACCAUAUCUUGCAUUGUGCUAAUGGUGGGUAGUGGCCUCAUGACAAACUGCGCCUGUGUUAGGUGGUGGAGGAGGAACGCACCAAAGAGAGGCAAUGUUUAUGUAUGAGAGAGAGAGAGAGAGAGAGAGAGAGAGAGAGAGAGAGAGAGAGAUUGAGUGGUAACCAACAGCAUGCAUUAGGGACAGAGGCAGGGAGAGAGACAGAGGAGAGAUUUUUCUUUCUUUCUCCCAGUCCAGUGCUUACUACUGGAAUCAGGAGAGAUUUAAGUGAAGUGGAAUUUGCUACUCAAAAAUUGCCUGUCACCUUCUUGUUCCAUGUUUGGACAUGGCAGGUAUAGAUAACAGAACAAUCCUCAGAUGUAUUGGUUCAUAUUGGUCCCAGCACAUUCAAAGGGCUGUAAUGUAAGGGGAUGUAAAAUAAGUGUAGUCACCCACCCACCUAUAAGAAGUCAUGAUAGGAAUUUAUACAGUUGCUGAGUUUGUCUCUUGCCAAAUGUAGCAAAGAGCAAAUGCAUGUUAGAAGUCAAGAAGAGAAAACCACAAAUAAACAAAGAGGUUAAAGGCGCAUAAAAUCCUUUAAGGCAGGCAUGGCCAAACUUGGCCCUUCAGCUGUUUUGGGACUACAAUUCCCAUCAUCCCUGACCACUGGUCCUGUAAGUUAGGGAUGGUGGGAGCUGUAGUCCCAAAACAGCUGGAGGGCCGAGUUUAGUCCAUGCUUUCCUCCUCUUUUCAUUUAAAAGGCUGGAUUGUUAUACGUGUGUUUCCUGGAGCAAACGCAUAAAGUGUGAAUGACAUGUGUGCACCCUUAAGAACUCCUAUACACAUUUGGACACCUGGUAGCCCUGAUCGUAUUUCUGACCUAAUGUCUUGGUUUUGUUUCCAGCUGGAUUACAGUGGACCCCCUUGCAGCUCCCGCAGAAGGAACAGCUAUGACAGUAGCUACUAUACAGAAACACUAAAUGGUAAGUAUCUGCCUCAUAAGAAAUACAUUAUUCUAUAUUAUGCUCUCCACAAAUAUUAUUAUUAUUACUUUUACAUUCUGAUCAUUAUUACUAUUAUUAUUUUGAUGGAUGCCUUUUAAUGUAACUUGUACAUUACAUUUUUUUAAUUAUAGACCACAAUCUUCUUUUUUAAAAAAAUGGCAAUUGGACCAAAACUUUAAAAUUAUUGGGUGCUUUUUUGCCUUCAAAGGCCAUUGUACAACUUAUAUUAAUCUUUAUUUAUUGUUGUGUUUGCUUAUUACUUUUUCACCUCACCUUCCCGCCCAAAGGAAGUCCACAGUGCCAUACAUGCAAUCCAACAUAAUAACAAAAUAAAACACUAAAGCACUCGUAUAUAAAAACUGUAAUAAAACAAUGAUGCAAGUCCCAGCAUUCAGAGUUUUGAAAACAGCAGCCCCAAUUGCCCUUCUCAGAAGGCUUGGGGAAAAAACAGUGUUUUUUUAGCUUUUGGCAAGAAGAUGCUAUCUACCGGUAUGUGGAGGAAGUUUCCAGUGGGGGGGGGGUGCCACAGACAAGGUGGCAGCUGUGGGCAGGAUGGCAAGUGAGCCCUCCCCCUUAUUAAUAAAGAAACCUUUUAUAUAACUCAUUUGGCUUUUAAUUUCCAUUGACACCUCUCAGAACUGUACGAGGCCUGUUGAUUCACCUAUGAAUAGGUGUGUGUUGUUGUCAGUGGGGACCCUAUGGCAAAACAGCUUCUCCUUGGUACUGCUUCUGAGACUUCCUGAUCUCCUUGUCCUCAGAUUCAAAGCAAGGGAAGAGUUCGGUCAUUUCCAGCCUAGAUUGCUUGUCGAGCAUCGUGGAGAGGAUUUCGACAGACAGCACUGCCUGUGCCAGCCUGUCCACAGUUGAAAGUGGAACCGAGGGGAGCCCCUGCUCACUCCAGGAAGGGGCUAGCCUGAGCGAGCCUGGAGCCCAAAUCUCCUCUCCAGCUACCUGUACCCCUCUCCCUCAGGACAAUGUCAGCAGCAGCAGCAGCAGCAACCCCAUCUACCAAGUGCUAUAAAGCCAUGGGGGACAGAAACUGCCAACAGGAGUGGAUCUCAGCCGAUACACUUAAGCCUGCCUUCCGAAGAUCGAAAAAGACAGUACUUGUGGGUUUUUGGUUUUCCUUACCAGUUUUAAUCUGUAUCUAAUGAUUCCAAGCUUGCAUUACUUCAAAAUACACUUAUUUAUUAGUUAUAAACGAAAGCUAUUUGUAUAUAGAAGAACUUUAGAAUUGCAUACCAUGAAAUGGCUAAUGUUGAAUCUGUGCUUUUAAAAAGGGGUAUCCUUAAGUUUGAGGGUCUUCUCAGAUCCUGUGAGGAAUAAACUCUUGAGGUGAACCUGCACAAAGGUUGCUUAACUACCACGGAUUUCAGUCUGACUUGGCCUACAAUCCUAUGCCCACUGACGUGGGGUUAGGCCCAUGUAAGUAACUCAGUGGGACUUACUUCUGAGGAGGCAUGCAUAGGAUUGCACUGUUAAGCAACCUAAGGCUGCACUCUUCUUAUACACACUUGCCUGGGAGUAAGCCUCAUUGGAAUCAGUGGGACCUAAUUCCGAGUAGACACAUUAUAGGAUUGCAGCCUUCCUUUCUCCUCAGAAACAUAGACAUCCACGUAUAUUUUUUAAAAAAAGGUUGUGGACCAUUUUUUAAAAUACUUAUUUUGUAUACUUGUAAAUAAGAGUUGCUUUGCAAAAAAAAGAGAAAAGAUUCCAACAAAACAACCCAAAAAAAUUUACGUAUUUAAUGUUGCUUGGUUUGUCGUGCCAAACUUUAACUUUAUAUAUUUAUACAAUGUGGAUGCUGAGAAUGUUUUCAACAGUAUUCUAAAUAAAGAACCUUAUUUAUAAAACUGCUGGAGUUAUUCUGCCUUUGGUUAGGGAAUUUCCUUUUUUUAUUUUUUAGAUUUUCAGUUUUACAAUUACAUUAUUUUCCGUUCUUAUACAGUAGUUCUUUUAGACUUCCCAGCCAGCAUUCCAUAACAUUUCUUUGUACAUCUUGCUUAGUUGCAUAUACAUUAAUUCCUUUACCUUAUUUCCCACAUUUUCAUAACCUUAAUAUUGUCAACUGUUGGUCACAAGGUAUCCUCUACCUGAAAUUUAUACAGUGGCACCUUGGUUUACAACCAUAAUCUGUUCUGGAGGCCUGGUUGUAAACCAAAACAGGAUGUAAUCCAAGGCGCGCUUUCACCAAUGGGGCCUCCCCCCCAAAAUUGGUUGUAACAUUAAAAAAAUGGGUUGUAAUUUUUUUAAAAAGGGACACACGCUUCUGGGUUUGACGUGGUUGUAAUCCAAAACGGUUGUAAUCCAAAGCGGUUGCAAACCAAGAGCCCACUGUAUUUGAGAUCAUUUUUUUCUAAAUACUCCCCUAGAUACUUCCACUCACUCCUCUGUUUGUCUCUUGAUUUCUUAUUUUAGAUGUCGUACUUGCAAGCUCUGCAUAUUCAAUUAAUUUAUUUAACAAUUGUUCUUUUCCUGGAGUCUCUCUUUGUUUCCAGUAUCUUGUGCAUACUGUCCUCGCAGCUGUUGUGGGCUUUUUUGGUAACUCAUUCCCAAGUAUGCCUAGAAGGAAUUCUUCCAGUUUCUUGGGGAAUGUGAGUUAAACUUUUUUUCACCAUUUUCUGAAAUUCCUUUGUCCGGAUGCAUUUGCACCAUAAAUGAAUGAAUGCAACCUCUGCGUCUAGGCAUUUCCAACAACGUUUUGAACCUCUUUUGUACAAAUUGGGCCAUUUAACUGGUGUCAAAUACCAUCUAUACAUGCAGAGAAGUUCAUUGUUGAAUUCCGUAAUUUUUCCUAUGCAACAAUUUCAAUAUUAUGCCCAAUAUCAAUGGCCAAUUUUAUCCUUGCCUCCUUUAUGAGUUCAUCUUUGGUCUCCCAUUCUAACAAUAAUUUAUGUAUUUUUGAGAUUAGUUUUUUGUUGGGCCCCAAAUCACUUUUUUCAAAUUCUGAAGCUUCUUGAAUGGAUCCUCUUUCUUUAUCUUUUCGAAACAUCUCCUUUGUUUGAAAAUAUUGAAACCAGUCAGAUAUCCAGAUAGAUAAUCUUUUGCCUAUCUCUUAGUUUUAUAUUGCCCUCUUUGUAUUCAAGGAUGUCUUUAUACUUUCCCCAAGUCCUAUCCAUAUUUAACCUUUUUACUGCAACUGCUUCUACCAGUGAAAUCCAACCGGGAGUCUUUCUUUCUAGGAUAUCUUUGUGUCUCAUCCAGACCUUAUAUAAACUUCUUCUAAUCACAUGAUCAUAAAAACCCUUGUGAACCUUAGUUUUUUCAUACUAUAGGUACACGUGCCAUCCAUAUAUCAGAUUGGUCCCUUCUAAAACCAAUAUAUUCACUUCCUUCAGUUCUAUCCAUUCUUUCAUCCAGCUUAGACAGGUUGCUUCAUAGUAAAGUUUCGGAUCCGGGAAAGAAACCCACCCCCUUUGCUUUUCAUCUAUUAAUAUUUUAUUUUUAUCCUUGUUUUUUUCUUUUGCCAUAGGAAGUUUAAUAUAUCUUUUUUUCCAUUUUGUAAAGCAGUUGGAGUUGGAUAUUACAGGUAAUGAUUGAAAUAAAAAUAUCAUUUGGGGCAGGACAUUCAUUUUAAUUACAGAUAUCCUACCCAGAAAAGACAGGUUCAGGCACUCCCAUUUUUGAAAGUCUUUUUUCAUUUCAGUCCACACUCUGUUAUAGUUGUCUUGAAAUAAGUUCAGAUUUUCAGAUGCAGUCCAGACUCCUAAAUAUUUAAUUCUCUUUCCCACUUUGAUUCCUAAGUCAUUUCCUAAUUCUUUCUUUGUUUUGUUAUUUAUAUUCUGAGUUAGCAUUUUCUUUCUGUCUUUAUUAGUAUAAAAUCCCACCAGGUUGCUGAACGUUGUAAUAACUUCCAAGGUUGUUGGUAGGCUUUCCAAAGAAUUCUCUACUGUUAUAACUACAUCGUCUGCAAAGGAUUUAAAUGUAUAUAUUCUCUGUCCUAUCCAUAUGCCCUUUAUUCUCUCUUCCUCCCUUAUCUUUCUUGCAAGUACUUCCAAUACCAGAUUAAACAAUAGCAGAGAUAAGGGGCAUCCUUGUCUAGUACCUUUUAAAACUUGAAAUUCUGAGAAUGUUUUCAACAGUAUUCUAAAUGAAGAACCUUAUUCAUAAAACUGCUGCAGUUAUUCUGCCUUUGGUUAGGGAAUUUCCCCGUUGCUUUCAGUACAGUGUUAGCAAAUGCACUUCUCAUUCAGUGAAGAAUAUUCACUCUCCCUAUAUAAGAAUAAGGUGAAUUACAGUGCAAACUUACACCUGUCUACUUUGAAGUAAAUUCAGUUGACUUCAAUGGGACUUACUCCAAGGCGUAGCAGAUUGUAGAUUGAUUCCAUCCUUCUUUGGUGGAUGAUAUUGAUGGCCAUAGGCUAGGAAAUCAAGGUUGUGAGUUCUCGCUGUGUGUGGCCACAGUCUAUAGCACACCAUCUUCAAGAUAAUUUAGUCAAAAGGUAUGAUGUCAUAGAAUUGUAGCAUUGGGAGCACCUAGUCCAACCCUCUGGUAUGUAGGAAUCUCAACAAAAGCAUCCAUGACAGGUGGUCAUUGAUUAAUAAAUUCAUUUAAGACUUUUGAUAAUUCUAUUCUCUAAUGACAUUCUAGGUAACAACCAGGCUGCAUUUCAAUCCAUACAAUGUUUUGCUAAUGGCUGUAGAGCAGGAGGGGCUAACCAGAUGUUGCCUUCCAGAUGUUGCUGGACUACAGCUCCCUCCAUCCCUGGCCAAUGGCAUGCUUUUGCUAAAUAAAUGCAUUUUUUUGUAAACACAGGUUAGUUAGAAAACUGCAUCACAAAAUUUGGAUACGUGUGAAUUUCAAAGGAUGGUUAUGUUUUCAGUUCUCAUACUGCUUUGGAAAGUGCAAGUUUGAUAAAUUCUGAUUUAAAUGCAAACCGAAUGGAAUUUCUCGCCCAUCCCUACUUCAAAUUGCAGGCCCCCUUUCACUGAUGUGCUGCUUUUGUGUGAGCUGGCAUAGAAGUUAACACUGAGGACCUUUUGAAGCAUAUUGGGCUUCUUAUUCACGAGCAGAUCAUAUACAAUAGAGAUGGGGUUCUUUUAAAGUUCUUCAAUACUAUGAGAAUCUUUCCUUUUUUCGUUUCAUUUUGGGUAAUUAUCAAACUCUGGAGACUUUUUCUAUUGUUGCUUGUGUGUGUUCUGUGUAAAUAACUAUCUGUCUUUUUGUAAGUAAGAUAAAUGUUUGAGGGUCACCACAUAUUAUUGUUGUUUUCUUGAUUAUUAUUUUUUUAACCAUAGCUACAUGUUACUUUAAUCACUUUAAACACUUUAAAUGUAUGAAGUAUUUUAAACUCCUUCUUCAACUGAAAAAGGUUCCCAGAGUAGCUUACCAUGAUCAGGACUAAGAUGGUCCCUGCCCUUAGGCUUACAAUCUAAAAGGCACGGCACAAAAGGAAAAUAAAUUGGGAGGGAGGAGGAAAAUAAGAAAACACAGGCACUAGUUCUUAGUUCAGAGUUCUUUCUUAUCAUUGUUAACAGGGAGGGUAAGCAACAUCUCUGCAGAUUCGUUUUCUCUAGCCAACGGAUGGGGCCAGGUUGGUAUCUUCCUUGCCAUGACAUUAUAAUAUAUUUGUACUUUCUUACGAGGAAUUGGACAGAAAUUGCAGCAAAAUUUUGAUUAACCACCUUUGGUCACUUUUUGAAUUUUACACUAAUGCUUACUGAAAGCAAGUAAAAUUGCAGCACGUGAAGCUGAAGCCCUGAAACUCUCAGUCAGAAUAUUUGUGUUUGACAAUGAACACCCUGUUCCACAAGUAUUCCCGGAUAUUGAAUUUCAACGAUUUAUUUUAGCAACCUAAGUUUCCACAGCCUGGUUCUAAUGUUACAACAGAGACCACGCAUGCAUUUAACACAUCCCAAAAUAGGCCCAUUAAAACACAUACACAAGGGCUGCUUCAUUUGUGACACACACACACAUACACACACACAGAGAGAGAGAGAGAGAGAGAGAGAGAAGUAUGUACAAUGUCACAUUACAAUGCCAGGUAAUUAUUAUAAUUAUUAUAAGGGUAGUCAAAUGGUCAGUCCAACCACCACAUGGCUGUAUCAGGCAGCUAGGUUCCAACUCCAUCUGAGGCUCUUCCUUCCUCCCAGCUACCAACUGACAUUGAUGAGACAUCAGAGUAAGGAAUGAUUCCAAGGUGCCUAGAACCAAACCCAACCAAGAAUCCUCUCCUAUUGUACUUUAAAUGCCACCCACUGCUUUGGGAGCUGGUCACAGUGGAGGGAGGGAAAACAACUUCACUGUUCUCUCAGGUAAUGUGAACACACCCCAAGUCUUCAGGAACCAACAGAAAACCCAUCUAAACCAUGAGAGUUGGUAAUCUGUUGUUGUUAUUAUUAAUUUUCACACUGAGAAUUGUUUUCAAGCAGCUGUGCCCUUUCCUAGUAGCUCCCAGUUUUACCCCUGCUGGCGCGUGGCGAAAACGGAGAGAGCAGGCUGGUUGAGUUCAGUCCAUGAUAUUUUAAUAAUCACCUAAAUAAAGUGUUUUAAGCUUAGUACGGCAGAUUAGUCAACUUGAGAGGCUGCGGCAACACUCGGAACCUUCCUGGUAACAGAUUUAGCAGCGGGGUUUAUCCUCACAUUUUUUUCCAAAGGUCAAGAAUGCUGUCAUAUUCUGUAUGAGUAUGAUUGAAGCUCAAACCAGGGUAGUCAUUUAUGUAAGCUAAAGCAGAUGAUGUCGGUGUCACUGAAAUGUAGUGUCAGUAGAUAAGCAAACGAUGAGCAUAGUUAAUGCGGAGUGCUAUUUAGAGUGUACUGUAUCAGAAAAUCUGAAAGUCCCUAAAACUAUAAGUACAGCAGGAUCAUCCCCUACCAAUCCCACAAAUAGUGAUGACCAUUUAUUCAUUUAUUUUGGCAAGUGCUCCACAAAUGAAUUCCAGAGGCAGUGCAAUAGACAGCUCACUUCACCCCCAUGCCUUGGUGUGGUUUUUUGCUCCCAGUCUAUGAACUAGGGAACAUCAGGCUUGAGCAGAGGGAGAGCAGGGAAUCUGAGCUACUCCACUGGCUUCGCUGAGACCGCAGCCCCAUUUGGCUCCUGUUUCCAGUUCACACUGCCAUUAUAAAAGUACUAAAAUAAAACUUUAAGAAGUGGAGUCUGUUUGCCUCUUUCUACUUCAUCUCCUUUCAUUUUAGGUGUUGUGUCUUUUAGACGCUAAGCUUGUGAACAGAGACUAUGUUGCUUUUUAUGGAUUAUGAUCAAACCUUUUCAGCUGAAGAGCAGGGGAAAAGUAUUUAAACGAAUAAAAGGACAGCUAAUAUGCUGGAGAGGGGGGAAAGAGUAUUGACCGGACUUGGUGACACAGCCAGACCUUUAAAUCCCUAAACAGCCUCAGCCCAGUAUACCUGAAGGAGCGUCUCCACCCCCAUGGUCCAGGCCAGACACUGAGGUCCAGCGCUGAGGGCCUUCUGGCAGUUCCCUCCCUGCAAGAAGUGAGGUUACAGGGAACUAGGCAGAGGGCCUUCUUGGUAGUGGAACGCCCUCCCAUCAGAUGUCAAGGAAAUAAACAACUAUCUGACUUUUAGAAGACAUCUGAAGGCAGCUCUGUUUAGGGAAGUUUUUAAUGUUUGAUGUUUUAUCACUUUUUUAUUAUAUUAUUACUAUCUGUUGGGAGCCACCCAGAGUGGCUGGGAAAACCCAGCCAGAUGGGAAAGGUAUAAAUAAAAAACUAUUAUUAUUAUU